AUGUCUACAGAAGUGUCUAGAGAUCAAGGAGAUAGACUGAUGUCUACAGAAGUGUCUAGAGAUCACGGGGAGAGACUGAUGUCUACAGAAGUGUCUAGAGAUCAAGGAGAUAGACUGAUGUCUACAGAAGUGUCUAGAGAUCACGAGGAGAGACUGAUGUCUACAGAAGUGUCUACAGAUCACGGAGAUAGACUGAUGUCUACAGAAGUGUCUAGAGAUCACGGAUAUAGACUGAUGUCUACAGAGGUGUCUAGAGAUCACGGAUAUAGACUGAUGUCUACAGAAGUGUCUACAGAUCACGGAUAUAGACUGAUGUCUACAGAGGUGUCUAGAGAUCACGGGGAGAGAUUGAUGUCUACAGAAGUGUCUAGAGAUCACGGAUAUAGACUGAUGUCUACAGAAGUGUCUAGAGAUCACGGGGAGAGACUGAUGUCUACAGAAGUGUCUAGAGAUCAAGGAGAUAGACUGAUGUCUACAGAAGUGUCUAGAGAUCACGAGGAGAGACUGAUGUCUACAGAAGUGUCUACAGAUCACGGAGAUAGACUGAUGUCUACAGAAGUGUCUAGAGAUCACGGAUAUAGACUGAUGUCUACAGAGGUGUCUAGAGAUCACGGAUAUAGACUGAUGUCUACAGAAGUGUCUACAGAUCACGGAUAUAGACUGAUGUCUACAGAGGUGUCUAGAGAUCACGGGGAGAGAUUGAUGUCUACAGAAGUGUCUAGAGAUCACGGAUAUAGACUGAUGUCUACAGAAGUGUCUAGAGAUCACGGAUAUAGACUGAUGUCUACAGAGGUGUCUAGAGAUCAUGGAGAUAGACUGAUGUGUAAAUGA